GCCUAUUUCGGGUCGGACCGGACCAUUUUUUUUAUCAGUUAGUACCCCAACAAAGUUUUUAAAAAAGAGCACCACGAAACUCAACAGUCGAGAUUGUUUUAGUCUUCGACGGGAGUUGGUUUAGACAAUUAGUUCAAGUAGAACCUCACAAAAAAUCAAUUCAAAAUGAGUUACUCGUGGGAUCAGCGUGUCGAAUUCAUCGUUCGUCACAUGUACGAUUUGGACAACAACGGCUUCCUGGACAACAACGAUUUCCAGUGUAUGGCGCUGCGUGCCUCCGUCAUCGAGGGCAAGGGCGACAUCAAUCAGGCGCGCCUCACCGAAUACAGAACCAUCAUGAAGGCUCUGUGGGAUGAGAUCUCCGCCCUUGCCGAUUUCGACAAGGAUGGUAAAAUCACCACCGACGAAUUCAAACAGGCUGUUAAGACGACUUGCGUAGGCAAACCAUAUUCCGAAUUCCCCAAGGCCAUGAAGGCGUUCAUCGAUGCCCACUACAAAAUGAUGGACGUCAAUAAUGACGGCCUUGUCAGCAUAGAGGAAUACCGCUACAACUGCAUUACCCGAAUUGCCGUAGAUGAUAUUAAAGUAAUUGAUGAUUCCUACAACGCACUUGUCAGUGACGAAGAUAACAAGCGCGGCGGAAUCACCCUUCAGAGAUACCAGGAACUGUACGCUCAGUUCAUGGGUAACGAGAACGCAAAAUGCCCGGCAAUCUACCUGUACGGCCCAAUCCCAGAAUAAACUGUUUAAACCAACAUCCGUAGAUUCACCACCUAAUGAAACGCAACGCAAAUCCAACACCAACCGUAUUGCUUCUGCUUAACAGUAAACUAACACCACCAAGUUUAAGUAUUGAGUAUGAAGGAACAAAAAUACAACGAUGCUGGUAGUGAGAAAGAGGAAUCUAACUAAAUCAACUUCUCGAUAUCAGACAACAUCUUGAUUCGAAUACUAAAACAUCCCAACUGACUUAAUAAAGCAAACAUCAAAACGGAAAAGCUAAUUUUAUUUGCAUGAAAGCUUAAAGCUGAAUCAUCAAGCUACCCGGCCGCAUCGUAACGUAAUGGGCAUGCAACAACCAGCCGAAAAUAUUCCUCUUUUUCCAAAAUGUGGUAGUUUAGCCGGUGGGCCCGAUUCGGUUCCAUUCCAGCUGAUGCCGAAGCAGAGUCGUGUUCCUAAAUGUGAUCGAAACAACCUAGGGGAUCACCGGCUACUUUAAUAGAGAGAGGGAACAUGAGGUCCUACUUUGACGGUGCAAUAAUCCAACUUGGACAAACGAUGUUCAGCACCACUAGUGUUCAUGUUGGAAUUCACCUAACCGUUCCUUGUUUUCAGUUUCGUUCCUUUUGACGAAUUUUAUUUCCGAACAGCUAGGCGAAUUUGUGCAUGCAAAUUGCCUGAGCUGAUUCGUCUUUUCUUCAUUUAUUGUUAGAUUUGAUAUGUACAUAAAACCAAGUGAGAAUCAUUAUCAACUCUUUAACAUUAACAGUAACGUUUAUUUUGAGUUUUUUGUUUCUAUCACUUACUAACAAUUAGCGGAGACGCAAACUAUAUUUAAUGUUAUUGAUUUUUAGUGAAAACUGUUUUAACUCUAAUUAUUAUUGUUCAUAUAUGUUAAUGAUUACGGUGUUUUUAAAUGUUAGCUUUAAUGUUUAAGAAAUAUUUCUCGCCUCCUUCUUUGAAAGUUUGAAAAUCUGUAACAACAUCAACAGCCAGCAUACCAACAUCGUGCUGAAAAUUGAGGUUAUGUCAUAAUGUUCGUUUGUAAUAAUACCAUCAAGAUCAAGAAAAUAACAUCAAGCAAAUAACAUUAAAGAAGGUUUGUUAGUUUUAAUCGUUAUUAACAACAACUAGCCGUUAAGUAAAUGAAAAGACAAAAAAUGUUUCAAAAAAUAGCUAGGUUAAAUAAUUAUUAUUGUUACUCAGUGUAGGAAACUAUCUUCAAACAUGUUAAAAAAAACUACUCUUAUUUUGUCCUUUGAAUAGACUAUUAUAAUAUUAUAAACUGUACUAGAUCAAAAGCUUUGCAGCAAAAAGCAGUGAUUAUUUCCGGACAAAGGAAUUAUACAACCAACGGAGAAUUCUUCAAACUAGUGAAUUUGAAAACAACACAUAUACUUUUUAGAAUUAACAACUCACUAGAAAUAUCUAGAUUGACCAAGAAAACAUUUAACUAUAAAAGAACAAUAUCAGUUGCAAGGUAGUUUAUCCCAUAAUGGUCCUUUAAAUGCGUGUGUCGUAGUGAUCCUUUUGAUUAACAACAAAAACAACAAACAACAACUUUCAAAUAGCAACCAGCUGAAAUCUUUUAUUUUCACAAAAAAAUGUCAAGAUUUUGAUUUUUUGUUUGAAUAAUCACUGUUUUUUUCUUCAUUCGGAAAUAAAUAUCCUAUAAAUCAAUGUAAAGAGAAACUUUGCUUAGUUGUAUAGUAGAAACUCGUCAGAAUAAUUAAUAAUAACUUAGAACCACGGGCAAAUAACAUAAAUUAUUUAUUAUUUCCUUCAUUUUAAGGACAAAUCGUAUGCAUCCUAUAGAACUUCUCCAUCUAAUUCAUAUGUGUAUGUUUUUUUUUCUUAAAAAGAAUAAACUUCAUGAGUGUCAUAUAAUAACCGAAGACCUGGAAGCAAUGGUGCGGAAAAACACAUAAUAAAUAAUUUGUCUUAUUUAUAUAUUCGUAGAAAACGUCUUUUUACAUGUACCAAAGUCGAAGAAUCAAAUUGCUUUAUUAUUAUCAAUAUUUUUGUUCAGAAACAUCAUAGGAACUGCAAUUAUUUUUCGCUUAUAUUAUUUAUAACGUUAUAUAAUCAAAAUAUCUACAUCAGCAAUAAUAUGGCAAAAAGAAAUUGGAGAAAAUAUGAAACCGCCUAAAAACGAAAA